AUGGCAGGUUUCUGCGCUUCAUCCCUCAGACUCUCCCUCCCAAAUGUCUUGCGAAAUGCUCUCCGUUCAGAAAUCGCCUCGGACGUCCAUCAGGGUCCCGCAUCUCGGAGAAUCCUCUCCAUAGCGCCUCUUUCUCAUAGCAGAUGCAAAACGCAACGACGGAACUUCAGCGCCUCUAUCAAUCCUCAGCUUUGCCAAUCCGCGCCAUAUCUAUCAGCACAUGACUCCUCCUCCUCCGCCGCCUCAGCUCCUUCUAAUACCGCGCCGCUGGAAAGCCCAGAAAAUAAACCAUCUGCAUCGACCGAAGCAAAUGCAUCGCCAGAAGUGGAUGACUCCAAAACUAGCCAUGUGGACUCCAUAAGUGAGACACCUACCUCCGAUACAUUUACCGAUAAGAAGCCUACCAAAUCGUCUCGAUCGAAGAAACGUUCACGCCAUGAAGAACCCCCUUCCAAUCCCAUGGCCCAGAAGAAACCGGAGAAAUGGCAGAUUCAUAAACAAGCCCUGAAAGAGAAAUUUAAAGAGGGAUGGAACCCUCCAAAGAAGCUUUCUCCCGAUGCGCUGGAGGGUAUUCGGCACCUUCACGCGGUCGCACCGGAAAAGUUCACUACACCAGUUCUUGCGGAAGAAUUUAAGGUCUCACCGGAGGCAAUUCGGCGGAUAUUGAAGAGCAAAUGGAGGCCUUCUGAGCCCGAAAUUGAAGACCGACGGAAGAGAUGGGAGAAGCGACAUGAUCGAAUUUGGGGCCAUUUAUCGGAACUCGGCCUACGACCAAGUACGAAGCGCACCCGAGAAUUGACAGACGCAAAGCAACUGCUCUAUGGCAAUAAGGAGAAGAAAGGGGGAAAGGCGUAA